UUGGCGCGCGUCGGCCUUGCGUCAUCAGCCUGCGCCGCGGAAGCCGCGUCCCUGUCGGAAAGAUGAGCGGGGCGGCGGCGGCGGCGGCUCGCUCCCUGCGGCAGCUUCGCAUGGGGCCCUGGAGGCCCUUGUCAGCGUCUGGAGGGACACUCGGCGCCAGGGCGCGCAGCUCAGGCAUGACCCUGGACAGCGUCAACCGGGCCACCGUGGACCGAAUCAUCCGGGUGGACCACGCGGGCGAAUACGGAGCCAACCGCAUCUACGCGGGGCAGAUGGCCGUCCUGGGCCGCAGCAGCGUGGGGCCGCUCAUCCAGAGGAUGUGGGACCAGGAGAAGGAGCACCUGCAGAAGUUCAGCGAGCUGAUGGUGGCGCUGCGCGUCCGGCCGACGGCGCUGAUGCCCCUGUGGAACGUGCUGGGCUUUGCCCUGGGCGCGGGCACGGCCCUGCUGGGCAAGGAGGGGGCCAUGGCCUGCACCGUGGCCGUGGAGGACUCCAUCGCGCGCCACUACAACAACCAGAUCCGGACGCUGAUGGAGGAGGACCCCGAGAAGUACCAGGAGCUGCUGCAGGUGAUCAAGAAGUUCCGGGACGAAGAGCUGGAGCAUCACGACAUCGGCCUGGACCACGACGCCGAGCUGGCGCCCGCGUACAGUGCUCUGAAGCGGGUCAUCCAGGCGGGCUGCAGCGCGGCCAUCUACCUGUCCGAAAGGCUGUAGGGUCUCUGGCUGCGGAGGCUGGUAAUAAACCCUGAGGGUUUUCA